CUGCUGCAGCAGCCAGCAUCAUCAUAGUGGGAAACUUCAGGCCGCAUGUGUGCGUCUGACAAUACAUCCUUGAUAGUGACUUGACAGUAAUCAGUGUUGAAGCAGUAGUUAUUUUAAAAAUACAAACCAAACCUUUGGUUUGUUUAUAAUCCUAGAAAUAUAUAGUCAAAAUGCCGAAGAAAUCGAAAGAAGAGGCAGAAUGGGAAGGAGACGAGGCGGCACCAGCGGCAGCAGAGAAAUCGGUAAAGAAAGGAAAAAAAGACAAGAAGGGGAAAAAGAGUUUCUUUGAGGAGCUUGCUACAGACAACACAGCCGAGAAAGAGGAGGAAACUGCCGUGAAGGAGGCACAGGGAAAGCAGCCCCAGAAAAAAAAGAAAGACCGGCGGAAAGGCAGAGGUGGAGAGGGAGAUGAGGAUGAUGAGGAGAUCAUGGAGAGACUUAAAAAGCUGUCUGUGCAGCCCAGUGAUGAUGAAGAGGAGGAAGAAGACCUAAUUGUGGCCCCCAUGAAAGGAGGCAAGAAAAAUAAGGGUGGGAACAUUUUUGCUGCUCUUAGUCAGAGUCACAGUGAUGAGGAUGGUGACGCAGGAGGGGAUGAUGAAGAUGAUACACCAGUGAAAAAGGAGGUUGAGAAGGUGCCUAAGGGCAAGAAAAAAGAUAAACCUAAACCCAAGAAGGUCAAGCCUCCGUCUUAUGACGAAGAGGAGGCUGAAAAGAAAGACGAGGAUGAGAAGACGGCUUUGAAGAACAAGAAAACAGAAGCCAAGGCACCAGCGAAGGCACCUGAGGAAGAUGAGAAGGAAGAGAAGCCCCAGCCAAAGAAAGAACAGCCCAAGAAAGGUAAACCCAAUCGUCCACCACCCAGUGAUGAUGAAGAUGAGGAUGAGGAGGAUAACAGCGACGGAGAGGACACUAUGAUGUGUGCUGAGGAUGUCAUUGCAGAGCAGGCUAAGGGAAAGGAUGACGAUGACCCCUUCGCUAACCUCAGCAAAAAGGAGAAGAAGAAGAAGAAGAAAAUGAUGGAGUACGAGAAGCAGGUGGCGAGCGUGCGCGCUCAGAACGCCAUCGAGGGGGACUUCUCUGUGUCCCAGGCUGAGAUGUCGUCCAGGCAGGCCAUGCUGGAGAACGCCUCAGAUAUUAAGCUGGAGAGGUUUAGCAUAUCCGCCCACGGAAAGGAGCUCUUUGUCAACGCCGACCUAUUGAUUGUGGCGGGGCGACGAUAUGGUUUGGUUGGGCCAAACGGCAAAGGGAAGACCACCUUACUGAAACAUAUUGCCAACAGAGCACUCAGUAUUCCUCCCAACAUUGAUGUGCUGCUGUGUGAACAAGAGGUGAUCGCUGACGACACUCCGGCCGUCCAGGCGGUUCUGAAGGCCGACACCAAGCGCCUGAAGCUGCUGGAGGAGGAGAAGCAGCUGCAGGCCCUGCUAGAUAAGGGAGAGGACAGCGUGGGGGAGAGGCUGGAGAAGGUGUACGAGGAGUUGAGGAUUAUCGGAGCUGCUGCAGCAGAGGCCAAAGCCCGUCGAAUUCUGGCUGGACUGUCUUUCACCACAGAGAUGCAGAACAGAGCCACAAAGAAGUUCUCCGGAGGCUGGAGAAUGAGAGUCUCUCUAGCCAGGGCUUUGUUCAUGGAGCCAACCCUGUUGAUGCUGGACGAGCCCACCAACCACCUGGAUCUGAACGCCGUCAUCUGGCUCAACAAUUACCUUCAAGGCUGGAAGAAGACACUUCUCAUUGUCUCUCACGACCAGAGUUUCCUUGAUGAGGUGUGUACGGACAUUGUUCACCUGGACUACCAGAAACUCUUCUACUACAGGGGAAACUACUUGACCUUCAAGAAGAUGUAUGUGCAGAAACAGAAGGAGCUCCAGAAGCAGUACGACAAGCAGGAGAAAAAGCUCAAGGACCUGAAGGCUGGUGGCAAGUCGACCAAACAGGCUGAGAAGCAGACCAAGGAGGCCCUCACAAGAAAGCAGCAGAAGGGCAAGAAGAAGGGAGGGUUGGAGGAGGAGAGCCAUGAGACCCAGGAUCUACUGAAGAGGCCCAAGGAGUACACAGUCAAGUUCACCUUCCCCAACCCGCCCCCUCUCUCACCACCCAUACUGGGGCUGCACUCUGUGGACUACGGCUAUGACGGUCAGAAGCCUCUUUUCAAGAACGUGGACUUUGGUAUUGACAUGGAGUCUAGGAUUUGCAUUGUUGGACCCAAUGGUGUUGGGAAGAGUACUCUGCUCCUUCUCCUCACUGGCAGAUUAGAACCGACCAAGGGAGAAAUGAGGAAGAAUCAUCGUCUGAAAGUGGGCUUCUUCAACCAGCAGUAUGCCGACCAGCUGAACAUGGACGAGGCAGCAACCGAGUAUCUGCAGAGGAACUUCAACCUGCCCUACCAAGACAGCAGGAAGUGCCUGGGACGCUUUGGCUUGGAGAGCCACGCCCACACCAUCCAGAUCUCCAAACUGUCAGGGGGUCAGAAGGCCAGAGUGGUGUUCGCUGAGCUCUCCUGCCGGCAGCCUGAUGUGCUGAUCCUGGAUGAGCCUACCAACAACCUGGACAUUGAGUCGAUCGACGCCUUAUCUGAAGCCAUCAAUGAGUACAAAGGAGCUGUGAUCAUUGUGAGCCACGACGCCAGGCUGAUCACAGAGACCCAGUGUCAGAUGUGGGUAGUGGAGGACAAGGCUGUCAACCAGAUCGACGGGGACUUUGAGGACUACAAACGGGAGGUGUUGGAGGCCCUGGGAGAGACCCUGAUCAACAAAGUCAAAGAAAACCCCUAGUCACAGACACCCCUUUGAGGAAUGACCACAGAAGGAACCACACUAUUAAAAGAACAAAUGCUAUCCAGCCAGCAGGACCAUCAUCUUCAGUGCUGAUGUGCUGUGGUGUCCUCUCCACAUACUGAAUGAAGACCUACACGCCAUCUGGACAGGUUGGGAUGUGUCAAACGGCACACAUGGAAGCGGCAGGAUGCUAGUGUUUUCAUCAACCGUAUUACAUAUCAAGAGGAAAUGACAAUACAUUAACACUGGCCCUAUAAAUGUAGACAAUAAAGCUCUAAUUGACACAACAAA